CAAAGAUUUUGACAACAACAAGUUAUUUUCUUGAGGAACCACCAACUUAGAUAUUUUAGUCAUGUUCUCUGUUAUAAGUCCUACUGCUACUACAUAAUGUUUCCACCACACAUAAAAAACAAACUCAAUAAUUCACACUUAUCUGAUCCACAUUCAUUGUAUAUAAUCUUAUGGCAUUUCUGGUCAUUUAGUCUCAAGCAAAAUGGAUAAGAGAUGGAGUCUACAAGGUAUGACUGCUCUUGUAACCGGUGCAGCCAGUGGAAUCGGGUAUGCCAUAGUAGAGGAGUUAGCAAGUUUUGGAGCUAUAAUCCAUAUAUGUGACAUCUCUGAAACUCUUCUCAGUCAAAGUUUAAGUGAAUGGGAAAAGAAAGGGUUUCAAGUGAGUGGUUCAAUCUGUGAUGUAGCUUCUCGGCCCGAUAGAGAAAAACUGAUGCAAACCGUCUCCUCGCUGUUUGAUGGCAAACUCAACAUUCUUGUAAACAAUGUUGGUGUAAUACGUGGAAAGCCAACAACAGAAUAUGUGGCAGAGGAUUUCUCUUACCACAUCUCAACAAAUUUGGAACCAGCUUUCCAUUUUAGCCAGCUUUCACAUCUUCUUUUAAAGGCUUCAGGAUUUGGAAGCAUCGUCUUUAUGUCCUCUGCUACAGGGGUUGUAUCAGUUCAAUGUGGAUCCAUUUAUAGUCUAACUAAAGGAGCUUUGAACCAGUUAACUAGAAAUUUAGCAUGUGAAUGGGCAAAAGACGGCAUAAGAGCCAAUGCUGUUGCACCUAAUGUUGUCAAGACUCCUUUGUCUCAAUCUGUAAUAUAAAAAAAGUCAACAUUUACAUUUUAGUUUUUAUUUUUUAUGUGAAUGUAACAAUCUCAAUUAUAUUCCUCUAAUUAAUUCUCAAUUGUGUGUUCUUGAAGUAUCUCGAGGACGUCGGUUUCAAGGAGGCAUUGUUCAGUAGAACUCCACUUGGUCGCGCUGGAGAGCCGAAUGAAGUUGCAUCACUAGUGGUCUUCUUGUGUCUACCAGCAGCUUCUUAUAUUACUGGUCAAACCAUUUGUAUUGAUGGUGGUUUCACUGUUAAUGCCUUCUCUUAUAAGCCACAGGCUUGAUAAUGGCCUUGUUGUGUUUUGUCUAAAUGUCUUAUGCAAAACUAUGCUCAAUCAACUUUUGUGGGAUUGGAUUUUAAUUGUGGUUCGGUAUGUGGUUCAUAUCUUUGUCACGAGAGAGAAACACAUGCAAAUCGCCUAAAUUAUAUGUGUGGCAAGCUCAACAUUCUUUUAUGUAAAUCAUAAUUUAAAGAAACUA